AGCCAAACGGGAGCUUGGUGCUUGCCGUCUCUCCUAGUGUUAGAGCUUCCAAACCCUAGUUCUCUUUAAACUCUUCUUCGGUUAAAUCUAGACCAGGGAGAAAUGGAGUACUGAACCCCACGAAUUCGGUGGAGAAAUGGGCUCUUCCGUGACUUUUCACCCGCCAUGCCUGCUCCCGAACAAGCUCCACGGCCGUUUCUCCUUCGCCGACCGGCUAUCGGGCCCUUACUUGGCCUCCCCAGUCCCGAGGCAACGGAGGUCUCUUUGGUUGAUUUCCUCCGUGGCGAGAAAGCUCGAGGCUUCUUGGGUCCCCGUCAACGAGAGCUCAGAAGAUGGUUUCGGCGGUUGGUCUGUCUGCAAGACCGAAAUCGAGGACAGACAUGGUGUACCAAAAUUUCUCUUUUUUGGCGCGGGGGCUUCGAUGGCAAUCUUGUUAGCUGCCCUCACAUAUUGUUCUUUCUCGAGAAAAGGUUUCAAGCUUCAUCUCACUGCCCCAUUCAACAUGUUUCAUGAGAAGCUGAUGCCGAUGGGAUCUGCAGUAGAUAAAGAUACUGAACUAGCUGAUCUGGAAGUGCAUAGGGUGUCAGAGACGCAGAUGGAUGAUAAGGCUGAUACAGAACCAAAUGUAUCGGAAAAAAAAAAUCAUUUAUCAGAAGGCAAACGCAUUAUUGUUCCAGUGGCUGCCGAUCCCAUCCAAAAUGAAGCUCUAUCUGUUUUGAAGAAGCUAAAGAUCAUUGAAAAUGAUGUCAAUGCCGACGAAUUGUGUACCAGGAGGGAAUAUGCAAGAUGGUUUGUCAAAGCAAACUUUAUGUUAGAAAGGAACCCAAAAUACAGGAUGGUUCCGAAGAUUUUGAUUGCUGGUUCAAUUUUUAGAGCAUUUGAUGAUGUCAGUGUUGAUGACCCGGAUUUUUGGUGCAUUCAAUCACUUGCAGAAGCUGGUGUCAUUCACAGCAAGCUCUCCUGUAUGAACUCCACCGGUCUUUCAGAUAUGGGUUGUGGUCAUGGUCAAGGAAAAUUUUCAUUUUUUCCAGAAUGUUUUGUAUCUCGUUUUGAUCUGGUAAACUGGAAAGCCCUGGUAGAGUAUUCAUUCACUUCCGAAAUGAAUGAAAAGAUGUCAGGGAACAAAGUGGGCUUGUUGGAUCUGAGUUCUAGUUCAGAUGCAUCACCACAGUUAUUUGUAGACCUAAUGGCUGGUGACCAGAGCAUAAUUAGAAGAGUUUUUGGAAACAUUAGACGACUUCAACCACUCAAACCUGUAACAAAAGCACAAGCAGCAGUUGCACUGACCAGUGGCAGAAUGAUGGAAGCAAUUCAUGCUGAAUUAUCAAGACUUGAAGCAGAAGAUCUAUCAAGGCAAGCUGAGAUGGAAGAAAUCAGGUCUGAGUUACUUCACAGAGGAGAAAUACAGAGCUUCUGGGAGGAAAGGUUGAACAAAGAGCAAGACCGUGGCAUUGAGGUUGAGAAGGAUCUUCAGGUUGCCUUGUUUGAUUUGGAGGAGAAAAUGGCUCAAGAUGAGAGCUUUGAUGACUAUUUGAAGGAGAAAGCAGCUCUGGAUUGUCAACAGCAGCUGCUGUUAAGUCUUACGGAAGAAGUUGAUGGUGUGUAUGGGAGGCUUGCAACCGAGAGAGCUAAUAUCACAGCUGAGCAAGAGAGUUUGGAGAAACUUUAUGUUGACUUGUGCGGUAAGCAGGAUGCCAUACGUGAAGCCAAAUCAAUAUUGGAAGCUGAGAAAGAAGCAAUCCAGAUUCUAAGAUCUUGGGUAGAGGAGGAAGCAUUGCAAGUCCGUGCUAGAGCCAAGGUUCUGGAGCAAGCUGCACAAAGAUGGCAUUGCAAUAAGGAAUUUGAGCCUCCCCAGCCAAUUUCAUCAGAAAGCAAUGAUUCUCAAAUACUACAAGAAUCCAAUAGAAAAGGGUCGUAGUCGGUUGUUUUUAGAUGCUUACCCUUUUGUUUCUGUAAUUCUUUUAGAUUGUGUUUUAGUUCUCAUUUUUGCUGUCAAUAAUCUUACAUCACAUUUAACGAGAGUCGGGGAGCUGUUCCAUCUUUUGAUAAAGAGAAGUUUUGUUUUAGCAAAUGAAGUAUCAAGCUGCUUUCGAGCUCGUGACCCCC